UUAGAUGGAAACCACAGAACCUCUAUCUCACCUGCUUGGAUGGGGACUCUAGCCCACGGACAUGUUAUUUAAAGCUGUGGAAUAAAAAGGGCAAAUGGGAGCAAGGGUGUUGUACUUAAACCAAGCCCUGUUGAGAUUUGUGUUGUGUUUAAUGUACUGCCUUGCCCUUUGUAUGCUGCGGAUCAAGAUGUGACUGAGGGAAAUUCAUAUUCUCCCAAUAAGUCACUGCACUGGUUUGACUUUAUAAACUGGUUACUUAAUAAAACAGUUGUAAAAAUAAACAAAAAAUAUACCAGCAGCAGUAUGUAGAAUAGAUUGAAAGAGAAUGGAAGGAACAUUUUGUUUCUCAUUUUCUGGCAGCAAUCUUCCUGGGUUCUUUUCGUAUGCCCUAUCAGGAGAUCAAAACUGUCAUCUUGGAGGUGAAUGAGGCUGUUCUAACAGAAUCUAUGGUGCAGAAUCUCAUUAAGCAGAUGCCAGAGCCAGAGCAGCUAAAGAUGCUGUCAGAACUAAAGAAUGAAUAUGAUGAUCUGGCUGAGUCAGAACAGUUUGGUGUAGUGAUGGGCACCGUGCCCCGCCUUCGACCCCGACUCAAUGCCAUUCUCUUCAAGCUGCAGUUCAACGAGCAGGUAGAAAAUAUCAAGCCAGAGAUUGUUUCUGUAACAGCUGCUUGUGAAGAGGUACGAAAGAGUGAGAGCUUUUCUGGCCUCUUGGAAAUAACCCUGCUCGUGGGCAACUACAUGAAUGCUGGCUCUAGGAAUGCUGGUGCCUUUGGCUUCAACAUUAGCUUCCUCUGCAAGCUUCGUGACACCAAGUCCACUGAUCAGAAGAUGACACUACUGCAUUUCUUGGCUGAAAUGUGUGAGAACAGCUACCCUGAGGUCCUCAAGUUCCCUGAUGAGUUAACCCAUGUAGAGAAGGCUAGCAGAGUCUCUGCUGAGAAUUUACAGAAGAACCUGGAUCUAAUGAAGAAGCAGAUUUCAGAUGUAGAACGAGAUGUUCAGAACUUCCCAGCUGCCACUGAUGAAAAAGACAAGUUUGUGGAGAAAAUGAGCAGCUUUGUAAAGGAUGCCCAGGAACAAUAUAACAAGCUGCGGAUGAUGCAUUCUAACAUGGAAACCCUCUUUAAGGAACUAGGAGAUUACUUCCUCUUCGAUCCCAAGAAAGUGACUGUGGAAGAAUUCUUCAUGGACUUAAACAAUUUCAGGAAUAUGUUUCUGCAAGCAGUCAAGGAGAACCAGAAGCGACGGGAGACAGAGGAAAAGAUGCGUCGAGCAAAGUUAGCCAAAGAAAAGGCGGAGAAAGAACGAUUAGAGAAGCAGCAGAAGAGAGAGCAGCUGAUAGAUAUGAAUGCAG